UGUAAUAUGACAACAACAAAAAAACAUUGAUCAAUGUUAAUCAACUAGGUAUUAAUACGGUAAUAAAUUUGAUGGGCGUUUUUGCGGUAUGUGUGCGGAACCCUCAGUCACCAGUUUCGAACCGCAUUUGGCCAGUUGUUUGUAAUCCUGUGUCAAUUCAGCGGGUUUUCUGUUAAUUGAACUCACCGUAAGCUGUGUUAACAUACACAUAAGUUAUUGUAACAUACCAGUAAUUACUUAGUUUCUAGUCACUCGUACAUCGUGUAAUGGUCUUAAUGGGUCGUUUUCAUAAUUUCUAUCAACGAUUAAGUCUUGCUUAUAAAAUUAACGCAAAAACAAAAAUAUUUGAAAACGUGAACGAGACAAUUUCGAAUUAACGCCAAAAAUAAUGAUAUUCUACAAUAACGUAUAAAAGUCACAAUGACGCCGUUUAAUAAAAUUCGCAAAAGGUUGUUCUUGAAGAAGAAAAAUAAUCAAAAUACCAGAAAUGAUAUUACAGUUGUUGAAGUUAUGUUGAACAACUUAGUCGAUAAAGACAUACAGUCACUUCUUCUGCCUCUAAACUUCGCAACGAAUAUCAUCCUAUGUCCUAAGUACCGCAUCAAAGACAACUUCAUAACCCCAAAUCAGUUUGUGUAUACCAUAACAGCAAUAUUAGUAGCAUGUGCGGUAGCUAGCUUUUUUAUCUACCGUCUUUAUAUACUAGUAAAUGUGAUGAGAAUUGUAACAAUAGUGUAUUUCGAACUAAUUUUUGAUGUCUGUUUUUAUGUUAUUGGCUUCAUUUUCACUUUCAUUUUGAACGUUAUUCAGAGUAAUAGAAAUAUUAAUUUCAUCUUAACCUACCAAGACGUUCAUAGGUAUCUCAAAAUGGGGGGCAGCAUGAAACGUUUUGUUUUUUGGAGUUGGAUGACUAUCUACACAUCCUCUUUUUGUUAUUGCAUCAUGAUCUUAUACUUUGUCUUCGUCCAACACUUUCCUCAUUACCUUUGGAUUAAUACUAUAAUUUCUAGUUUUUAUGAUUCCAAUAUUUGGAAUGCUAUUGUGUUCGUUCAGAUCUUAAAUGUUAUGCUAGGUAAAUGGAAAAAUAACCUUGAUCAUGGUUUAUAUGGCGUAGACGAAGUAAAUGUUGGAAAUAUGUCACAGGCAUUUGUUAAUAUUUUGAAUUGCUAUAACGAAUACGUGAGAUUAUUUCGAAACGUGAUACUUUAUUACGUCGUUGAUAUGAUAGCACAUGGGCUGCUUUUCAUAGAAAUGGUUUUAGAAAUGUUCAAGAUUAGCAAUAACUUUGUGAGUAUACCAACAAAACCAUGUUUGUAUGAAAAAAAGACAUAUUAUAACUACAAAAACAUAAGGCCCAUCCCAAAAAUAGCCGAAAUAGUAAAAUUACUUGAACAGUUGUAUAUAAAAAUAUAACAGAGUGACGGCGGUGGUCACAGACCUAACCUACAUUGCUCUUCAUGACCCUUGUUCGACCCUCACGUAGGACAAAUUAGUAUUGUGUGAUACACGCAAGGUUCUGGAGUCAGAAGAGAAGAGUCUGGGUGUCUUUGUGCA